UUAAGCGAUUGCCUGCGUGUCGGACGGAUUAUAUUGUGAGAGCGUCUCAGACACUACCCGCCUACCCAACCCGGCACCCGAAAACUGCCGGUAAUUUGUGUAGAAACUUUGUCUCAUCUUUGUCGACCAUCUCCUGUUCGUAUAGUCCUCCCACGGGCGCGAGCUCCAGACGGGAGCGGGGAUUUUACAGGGACUUCGUAGAACUUUACACCUGUGAUGGAGUUUCCGUGUUUCAGCGAAUCUGUGAAGAGGGACUUUGAAUCUCAGUGUGGUCAAGCCAUGCCGAACACUGGCUAUCUAGCUUCUAUCACACAGUCGACAAAGCAGAUGGGAAGCGCCGGUGGUCAGUACAGCGACAACGACAGCGUCGACGACGAAUAUGUUAGUGUCGGCCACCCUGCCUCCAGAGAUCGGGUCAAGGAACAAGACUUAGAGGGGGACUAUGAAGGUAAAAACGAUGACGAUGACGGUGGUGCCUGGAGCGAUGACAGCUCGUCGUCCAAGCGUGGUGAAGAUGGAGACUUGCCGGAGGGAUAUUCGGAAAGGGACCUUCUCGGGAAAGUACGGACGAGGAAGACGAAGUCUGGGGAAACAAAGGUCGUCCGUCUCAACAUCAACGCCAGAGAGAGACGUCGCAUGCACGAUCUUAACGACGCGCUUGACGAACUGCGUUCAGUUAUACCCUACGCUCACAGUCCGUCCGUGAGAAAACUUUCCAAAAUAGCCACUUUGUUGCUGGCUAAGAACUAUAUACUUAUGCAAGCGAACGCUCUUGAAGAGAUGAGAAGAAUGAUCGCAUGCAUGAACCAGAGUGCCCCGUGUUUCGAUGCCUACUCUGCCUUCCCGAGACUACCGCCUACAGCCGUAGGCAUGGAUAAGUGUGCCCCUGUGUACCCACCACCCCCGGGUUCCCCACCUUGCAAACACUGCACCAAUGACAAGGUGUGACCCACACAAGUGGCGGACAGACAACUAGGCAGAACUUACUGCCGGUACCCCCGGGAUCUGUUGUGGGUGCGGGACGUGUGGUCUCCCACCCUCACUCUGAACUAACUGUAAGGGUACGUAUUGCAAGGUACCAAAAUGUCGAUCAAGUUAAUCUGGCAACAACGUCAACAGUGAUGAGGAUGGCACCCGGAUGUAGGUAGAGAUAGAGAAGUCGGGUAGAACUGUAGAAGACCAGGGUCACCACACCCUCAACUAACACUGCCCCAUGGUCAGUGUCGCCAUGGAAACAAUUGCUCAGUGCUGUUACGUCCUCCUCCCUGUGACAAAUAAUGUGACAAUGUGGUAAAGAUUAAGGUGUGACACAGACAUUUGCACGUGACAUUUCCAUGGAUAUAAAUGCUCAGUAGACAACGUCUGUGAGAGAUUGUGUUUUGUGUAAGUAAAAUAAAUGGAAAAUACACUCCUA